AUGCCUGGUAGGCCAAAAACCAAGAGAAAAAGGCAUGUGUCUGAGGUCAAUGAUUCCAAGUUCCCAACUGUUAGAGCUAGAAUUUGUAGGACUGUUAGGUGUAGCAAAUGUUUACAAUUCGGACAUAACUUGAAAUCCUGUAAGAAUGAGCAAGUGAUGAAGGAGUAUGUGCCACCUAGAAAACCAAGAAGGCCAAUGAGGGAUGUAAAUGGUAUAACAAAUAAGGAUGGAGAGGGAACUUCAAAACAAAAGAAAGUUAAGCUUACAGUGAAAAGAAAGAAGAAGAAGACAAAGAAGGCUGGAGAAGGAUCCUCAAAUCAAGCAACUUUUGAAACUGCAAAUGAUGCAACUGUACAGGAAACUGCAAAUCAUGCAACUGGACAGGAAACUGUGCAGGAAGAAAUUGGAACUGUACAAGAAACUGCACAUGAGAUUGUGAAUGAUGCAGAUGCUAGUAUUGAGGAAAUAGAUGUAUUGAUGUUGCAGAAAUGUUGUUAUGAACCUCAUGAGAUUGCACAUGCUUUGGAAAGGGUCAAUGUGAUUCCUGAACCUGUGUCACCAGUGGAAAUGGAGGUAAAUGCUAAUGAGAUUGAAGAUCACUUGGAAGCAGACUUAGAAGAGAAUGUUAAUCAGAUUGAAGAUAACUUGCUUGAAGAUAACUUGGAAAUGGUUGUAGAUGCUAAUGAGAUUGUGCCACCAGUGCAAAGGGAAGUUGCUAUACAAGGUUUAGAUGCUAAUGCUUGGGUUGGCGAAGAUGAUGAGGAAAUUGAUGGGGAUAUUGACUUCAUUGAAGAUACACAAGUUGUUGGGAGGCCUAGGAAAAUGAAUAUUUCUGAGAAAAUUGUGAAGAUAAAUAUGAAGAAAGCAGUUUAUGAGAAGGAUGGAAGGGGUUCUAGUAUUAAGAAACCAGUUAAUUUGGAGUAG